AUGCCGAAGCCUAUUAUUGGAGUCGGACACAGCAUCGGAGUUGGCCAACUACUGGGCUUAUCCCUGAUACACCCCCGGCUUUUUACUUCCCUCGUCCUUAUAGAACCGGUGAUAUCAAAGGAUUUCAAAUCCGGAAAAGGGCCGAGCUUUGCGAAAUCAGCUCUGAUCAAAAAGGAUACAUGGAAGUCCCGCUCUGAAGCAGAUGCCUAUUUCAGAAAAGCACUUAAAGUAUGGGACUCCCGAUGUCUUGAUCUAUGGUUCAAAUAUGGCCUCCGAGACUUAGAUUUCCAGGCCGAUUCAGCCGGAACCGGUAACCCCGAGUCCGCGGUCGGUCUGGCCACCACCAAAGACCAAGAGAUCGCACAGAGCUUACGCCCCAACUUCGUCGACCUGCAGCCCUUGAACAUGGACGGCAACAAACAGCCAGAUUACUUACGAGAUCCCACAUUCUAUGUCGAUGUGACCGGCCAGUCAAAAACUCUGCCAUUCUACCGCUAUGAACCCAUCUUGUUGUGGAGACUACUCAAAUAUGUCCGGCCAUCGGUAUUAUGGAUCUAUGGCGGAAAGAGUAUCAUGGCGACACCAGAUCAACGAGCAGAGAAGCUACAGCGGACUGGCACAGGGGUUGGGGGCAGUGGUGGAUACAAGAACGGCCGCGUCAAGGAGAUAGUGAUACCCGAAGGUGGACACUUCGUUCCGUUCGAGGAUGUGGCAGGAGUUGCUGAACCUGCUUCUGAAUGGAUAAAACAUGAGAUAGCCAGAUGGAAAGAAGAAGAAGACCGGAUCCAGAAGGGCUGGCUGGAACUCACUGCUAAAGAGAGAUCUUCUAUCCCAAACGAGUGGCUGGCGCAAAUGGACAAAUACUUCAUGAAAGGGAAGGCGGGCAAGACGAAAGUAAGGGCAAAGCUAUGA